GUUGUUGUAUGUGAAAAAACAUAAAAAGAAGUAGCAAAUGAUUGCAUAGAUGGUAGAAUCAAAGCAACUGUAAAGCCCGGGAACCCACAAACAGCUCCAACCGGACCUCAAAAACACAAAUCAAAUACACACAGUUUAUGAAGCAUUCAGAUCCGACUUGGUUUGUUCAUUCAUUCGGAUCACGCACUUCACACUUCAAACUUCACACAGUAAAAAUUUCACACCCCAAAUCCGAAUCCCUUUUCUGCUACCAAAUUGUCUCACUCAUUAAAAGGUACUAACCAGUAACGACCACCAUUUUGGACAAAACACACAAAAAAAUAUAAGUGUUUUCGGAUCAAAAACAACGUGUGAGGUCACUCUCAACAACCUUUGUGUUGUUUUCUUACUACGUUCAAGUGCUUUCAACAACAGAGGCACAAUUUUUUCUGCUACAAGAAUACCCAAAUCUGGCUUCAGACCCUUCACACAACAAAUCACGAAGUUUGAAACUUUCGGAGCAAUUGUGAGACCCCAGUUGCCGGGAGUUUGUUUUUCCGGCGAGAUUCCGGCGAAGAAUGGCUGUGGAGAGUGAGAAAUCAGGGUCUGAUGGUAAAGGUUGGAGCUUUUGUAGAAUGCCGUUUUGGCAAACAACGCAUGCACCUUCUUCAUCUUCUUCUUCUUCCUCAACAUCUUAUAUGCACAAUGUUCAUCAGCAAAACCAGGGUCUUCAAUCUCUUGAUAGAUCCACCCAGAAUCAGUCUUCAGGAAUGGUUUCUUCUGUGGCAAAGUCUCUGCUUCCUACAAGGAGGAGGCUCCGUCUUGAUCCUCCCAACAAACUCUACUUUCCUUAUGAACCUGGCAAGCAAGUUAGGAGUGCAAUCGCGAUUAAAAACACUAGCAAGUCUCAUGUAGCUUUCAAGUUUCAAACAACUGCACCGAAAAGUUGUUAUAUGCGGCCUCCAGGUGGUAUUCUUGCACCUGGAGAAAGCAUUAUUGCCACUGUGUUUAAGUUUGUCGAGCCACCAGAGAACAAUGAGAAACUACUUGACCAAAAAAGCAGGGUUAAGUUCAAAAUCAUGAGCCUCAAAGUGAAGGGAGAAAUGGACUAUGUACCAGAGCUGUUUGAGGAGCAAAGAGAUCAAGUGGCUGUAGAGCAAAUUCUGCGGGUCAUCUUCCUCGACCCGGAACGCCCUAGCCCUGCUUUGGAUAAGCUUAAACGGCAGUUGGCCGAGGCUGAGGCUGCACUGGAAGCUCGGAAGAAACCCCCGGAGGAGACAGGUCCUCGACUCGCCGGGGAAGGUCUAGUUAUUGAUGAAUGGAAAGAAAGAAGAGAACGAUACUUGGCUCGGCAGCAGGUCGAAGGUGUCGUGGAUUCAGUGUAAAGUAUAUAGCAUUUCUGUUCUUUUGUCCAAUUUUAUGUUCAGAAACUGAACUGUCUGGCCACUGAUUUGUCAAAUGUGGUUGAGUGAUCUAGAGAAGUGCUAUUAAGAGAUUGAAAACACUGAAUAAUUUUUCAUUUUGAAUAAUGUUUGUGGUGUUAAGUGCGAGUGAAUCAAUGCUACCAUCGGCUGAACUUAAAAUUUCUAUGCUAUAUCUUCUCUUACAACUUGUAGAUA